GACGGAUGAAUGGAUAAAGAAGAUGUGAAGACAGCCCAGUUCCUGUGGGCAGCACUCGACGCGCCUGCCCCUCUCCUUUCCGCACUUCAAGGGAAAGACGAGAUCUUGCACAAGGUCCCCUGUGUCUGCCUUCCACCAGGGAAGCCUGACAUGGAGCCUCUCCGCCUGCUCAUCCUGGUGGCCGUCACAGAGCUGUCCCGAGCCCACAACACCACCGUAUUCCAGGGCAUGGCGGGCCGGUCCCUGCAGGUCUCCUGCCCCUACAACUCCUUGAAGCACUGGGGCAGACGCAAAGCCUGGUGCCGCCAGCUGGAUGAAGAGGGCACGUGCCAGAGGGUCGUCAGCACCCACCGCUCGUGGCUGCUGUCUUUCCUGAAGAGGUGGAAUGGGAGCACGGCCAUCGUGGAUGAUGCCCUGGGGGGCACACUCACCAUUACGCUGCGGAAUCUUCAAGCCCACGAUGCCGGCCUCUACCAGUGCCAGAGUCUCUAUGGUGAUGAGGCCGACACCCUCAGGAAGGUCCUGGUGGAGGUGCUGGCCGACCCCCUUGAUCACCUGGACCCUGGAGGUCUCUGGAUCCCUGAAGAGUCCAAGAGCUUCGAGGAUGCCCAGGUGGAACGCAGUAUGUCCAGGGGUCUCUCAGAAGAGGAUAUCCCCUUUCCACCCACUCCCGUCCUUUUCCUCCUGGCCUGCAUGUUUCUGGGCAAGCUUUUAGCAGCCAGUGCUCUCUGGGCUGCGGCCUGGCAUGGGCAGAAACUGGGGACGCCCCGGGCCGGUGGGCUGGACUGCAGCCGUGACCCAGGUUACCAGCUCCAGACCCUAACAGGGCAGAGAGACACGUGAGAGAAGACCCGGCAUGGGAAGAGAGGCCCCGGGAGAGGUCUGCUGGGACCACCCCGGCCUGCACACCUGCCCCUCAGCCACCAAGACUCAUGGUUCUGCUUUGGCGAAAGGUCACCCUGCCCACACCCUGCUUCCCCUGGCCCCUGGAAACAGAGGUGUGUGUGUGUGUGUGUAUGUGUGUGUGUGUGUGUGCGGGCACACCUGGGAAGUGGGAAGGACAUUCACCAACUUGUAGGCAUUGGUUAUUAAACACUCUCACAAAUAAAUCCAAGACUUCUCUUUGGCUACCAGGCUAGGAGAAUGAAUCUGGACGAGGAAAAGA